UAAAAUAAUAACAUAACAUGACGAGUACCAAGUACAAACAAAUGCAAAUACAGAGAAAUACAUAAAUAAUAAGUUCAUUCUGAUUUGUUAACUACAGAAUAACAAAGAAUAACUAAAAUACUUCAGGACAGUACACAGAAAGAGCUUUAUAGAAUUAAGAAUUGUAAAACGAAAGGAUCGACGCCACAAAAAUGUAAUGUCUCAGGUAGACGACAUACACGUUAAAUACAUGCAAAUGUUGUAUAAAUAAUUACCACUUCGCUGAAACAGAGAAACAAAAGAUACCAUAGGGACAGUCACACUCAUAGAUAGAAAAUAAACUGACGAUGCCAUGGUUAAAAAGAGAAAAAAAGACAACAAAAUGUAUGUAAUACUACAUUCUUAUUCGGUAGGCCAUCUUCGAAAAGGCAACGGGAUUGUAGUUAAGGUAACAACACAUGUACUCUAUGGCUUUCAAUGUUUAAGUUAUUAUGUAUGUUUGAAUUUAUAGCAACACUAACUUUCAUAUUUUUCCAGAUUUCUGCAAUUCAAUAAACUAGCAAUGAUAGGUGAAAAUGCAUUUAAAGGCUUGACGACGCUCCAAAUAUUGCGCCUGGAUGACAAUCGAAUUACCAUGCUAAAUGCGACUGUAUUUCAAGGCUUGGUGGCUCUUACUGCACUGUCUCUGUUUAGCAAUCCUUUAACCGCAAUAGACACAGAUCUAUUCAACGGUAUGCCGAAUCUUCAAGCUAUAUACCUACACAGAACUAAUUUAACGACGCUAAGUGCAAAUGUAUUUCGAGGCUUGGUGGAUCUACAGUUCGUAACUUUAUAUGAUAAUCCACUGAAUUGUUCCAGCUGUGAUUUAUUACAACUAAAGCUAUUUCUACAAAAUCUGACUUUAAUUAAUGGGAAUGCCAAUGCAACCUGUGAUCGGACAAACAAUUUGGUAGUUGACUUUAAUUUCACCGACUGUAUAGCAAUACCACGAAGUAACGUCGUAACAACUGAACCAAUAAGUGACGCUGUUACAACAGUGAAAACAGCCAGUGCCUUUUUAACAACAGUAACAAAUGGUCCUGGCGAACCAAUAAUACAAACAACUAUCGACGCCAUAACAACAAAAGAACCAACUACUCACGCCACAGCUCUAACCCCAAAUAUUGUAGAAACUACAAUUAGUACAACUCAAGAUACUCAAUUGAAAUCAACGACUUCAACUGUUACCCAGACAAUACCACGAAGUAUCGUCGAUACAACCGAACCAAUGAGUGACGCUGUAACAACAGUGACAACAACCAGUGACUUUUUAACAACAGUGACAACAACCAGUGACUUUUUAACAACAGUGACAACAACCAGUGACUUUUUAACAACAGUAACAAAUACUCCUGACGCACCAAUAAUACAAACAACUAUCGACGCCAUAACAACAAAGAUACCAACUACUGACGUCAUAGCUCCAACCCCAAAUAUUUUAGAAACUACCAUAAGUACAACUCAAGAUACUCAGUUAACAUCAACGACUUCAUCUGUUACCCAGAAGGCCGACAAUUCAGCUGUUACGGCCGGAACCGUAACUGGUGCUUCUGUAGCGGUUUCUGUUAUCGCAUCCUUUGUAAUACUAAAGGUUUGCGGUUUUAGAUAAUCUGCUUUGAAAAAAACUGUAGAAUAUCUAUCAUUCUCGUAGAAGGGAGAUGCUGUAUAGUUAACAAUGCAAUCACGAUGCGCAAUUAUCAACCGGUAUUUGUUUCUAAGUGAAAGUACUAUAUCAUUAACAUUCACUUAACAAUAUUAGAUUAGAAAGUGCUUUUUAUCCAACAUAAUAAAAUAUCAGGUUUUCAAACUUAUGUUUAUUUAUCAUAUCUGUUAUAUUUCGCUACUUUGUCUUGUUCAUUUUUCUGUUUUUUUUUACCUAAAAGUUGUAAAGUAAUUUUAAAAUUUAAUAUUAGGUUAUGAUUUAUUGAUGUAUUUAUAUUCUUUCAUGAUUUAUUGUUUUAUUACUGUUGUCGCAUCCUUUGUAAUACUAAAGGUUUGUGGUUUUAAAUAAUCUGCGCGGAAAAAAAUACAGUAGAACAUUCUUCAAUCUCGUAGUAGGGAGAUGCAGUAUUGUUAACAAUGCAAUCACGAUGCGCAAUAAUCAACUGGUAUUUGUUUCUAAGUGAAAUCACUACUAUAUCAUUAACAUUCACUUCACAAUAUUAGAUUAGAAAGUGCAUUUUUUCCAACAUGAUAAAAAAAACAUCAUGUUUUCAUCUUUAUGGUUUUUUUUAUCUUAUCUUCAGUCUUUUGCUAAUUUUUCUGUUUAUAUUUACCUAAAAGUUGUAAAAUGAUUUUAAAUUUUAUUAAUACAGUAUUAAGUAUUGCUGCAUUUACAUUAUUUUAUGAUUUGUUAUUUUAUUUCUUUUUUAUAUUUCUUUUUUUUGUACUAAAUUUAUUUUUUUCAUAUUCAUAUCUAUGUGUUACAGUUUAUCAAUAUUCAUAACAAGAACAAUAUAGCCUACACAAUUUAUAAGUUAGCGUGUAGAUUGAAUUAUAUGUUAAAAAAAAUAGUAUUUGUAGAACUUGUUCUGUAUUUUAUAUGAAGGGCCUCACGGUAGAUUAGUGUACGUUAAUUUAGUCACCCUUUUUGAAUAAAGUCAUUAUUAUUAUUAUUAUAUUUAUUAUAUUAUCAUUUUUAUUAUAAGUGCAAAGUUUAAAUGUCAUUAGUUGAACAAGACCGAAACUGCCAGGACUUAAUUGUGCUUGAACACAAUAUAUAGUGCAAUGUAAAAGUACUGAGAAGAAUAUAACGGAACUAACGACAUUUUUCUGUAUCGUCAACACGUUAUCUUAGACAUAAAUGUGCUUUUUCCAGCAUGAGCAGCAAUCAAUGAUAUGAAGUGAUAAAAGGGACGAAUAACAAACACGCCAUCUUAGAGUGCUUAUAUUAAAGUUUUAACAUACCUCAAAUUAGAACUCAUGGAUUUGUAAGCAUUUUGUUUCUAAUUUUAAAAACAUUGCUUCGAUAUAAGUGUUGAGUAUAUAUAUUUUGAUUAGAAAAAAUGUGAUG